AAUCACAUCACCCCCUAUAUAAACGACGGUUACCUCCUGUCCUCCGCUGUGCCGCAAUCCUACCCUUCCGCCGCCCCGCAGCCACACGAAUCGUCAGGCGUCCAACUAAAAUUUAAUGAACAAGAGUUAGGCAAGGAGGGUUAUAUCAGAAGUUGCCCUCCACACCACCUUCCGUCGAUCAUCUGGCAGUCACCAAAAAAAAGAAGAAAAUGUUUAGCCCUUCACACCACCUUCCAUCGUCGCCACUUGAGAAGAGCUCCUGCUUCUCAUGUCUGUGCUGUUGGCAACAGAAGUAUAAAAGAAAUGGAAGAAAGAUUGCUAGUGCUGAAGUCAAAAGAGAAACGUGUUACAUGUAUGGACAAACUGAUUGCAGCAUCAGGAGAGUAACCGAUAUAUAUGAAGAAGACGCAAACAACAAACUAGCAUCUCCAAUAACUAUCUCAGCUAACACACUCUGCAACUAAAGGCAAUAUCGCCUGUCUCCAUAUCCGAAGGAACACAACAACAAUAGAAGCAUGCAAGAAGAGAGGAAGAAACCUUACGGCUUGUUUCUAUUUUCCUUACCCCACUCUCUCUUUUCCCACCCCAUAUUAUAUUAAUUGGACAUAUGAUUGUGUUUGU